GUUCAUGUUCUGUGUUUGUUUGAGAUGUCAGUUUUAUGACAAUUCCAUUAUUUCAGUCAGCUGUUGCAUGUGACAGAUUCAACAUGCAUAAUUUAUCAGAUUCAGACUCUGUAGAUUCAGAUGAGGGAAUCCGCUAUAAAACAGAGAGUAUUAGGAAUAAAACUAAGAAAAAUGAGGAGUCAGGAACUGAUAGAAAUAAAUCUAGUCAUAGAAGCUUGAGUUCUCAUUCACACUAUAAAUCUAGACAAAAUAAUAGAUCAAGAAGAUAUAGCCCUUCAGAUAGUGACAGUUCCAGGCAGAAAAGAAAUAGUACUAGAAAGAGAAAGGAUCCUUCUCCAAGUAGGGAUAGUUCUGAAAACAGACAUAAAUCGGAGAAAAGGAAAAAAGAGGAUACUUCUAGGUACAAACAAAGAAAUAGUGACAUUGGAAAAAAGGAGAAAUUUGAAAAAAGAGAUAUUAGUAGACAUGAUUCAUCUAGUAAAACAGAUAAAAAAUCUAAACUGACAGUGAUAGACUGUGAACCAGAAUUGCCUAAAAAUUUACAGAAAACAGAUGAACAAAAAAUAUCAAAACCAGAAAAUUCUAAACAAAAAAUAGUAGAUGAACAAAAAAUAUCAAAACCAGAAAAUUCUAAACAAAAAAUAGUCUAUCUGGGGCCUGCAUUGCCUCCAAGUUUCAAAAAAAUGAUUGAAAUUAAAACUGAUGAAGAUGAAUCAAAAAUUAAUGAAAUCAACUCUGGAAUUAAUAAUGAAAAUAAAGAAGAAUCUGUUUCUUCUGCUGAAAAUAAUCAUGCCAUUGGACCAACAUUGCCACAACAAAUAAUGAUCAAAAAGCAAAUAACAAGUGAAGAAACUAAAAAAGUACUGGGACCUGCCCUACCUCCACAUUUAAAAACUACUGAAAAGGCAGCUCAAUCUCAUGCAACAUCACCUUUACCAAAUGAACUUGGAGCUACUGACAGAUGUAUAGGCCCCAGUUUGCCAUUUCAUUUGAGAAAAAAACUUGCAGAAGCUGACACUACAGAUAAUGAGGAGAUAAAUGAAAUUGAAACUUAUGGCCCAGUCCCUGUAGGCUCAAGUUUUUCACAGGCUCAUUUAGACCUAGAAGAAAGGGCUCUUCAGAUGAAGAUAAAUCAGUUGGGGCCCAAUGAAAAAAAGGAUCCAGUUCGGGAAGAGUGGAUGGUACAAUUACCAGAUGCCAAAGCUUCCAAUUUGGGAUUGGGGCCUAGGCAGUUUAGGGCAAAGGCUGGACCUGAUCUCUCAGAUAGAUCUUCAUGGACAGACACACCUCAAGAUAAAGAUAAGAAGAAACAAGGUAAAGAGGAACCCAAAGUGGAUCUUCAGAGAGAGGCGGAAUUGAGAGAAAUUAGGAAGAGAGAUAAAGAACAAGAAGUUGUUGUCAAAAAGAGCAAAAGGGAUAAGGAGAGCUUGGUGAAUAUCCAUAUGAAGAAAAUGAAAGAUAAAAAGGAUUCUUCUGCUUCCACUGAAAGAAGGCCUUUCAGUAGGGAAUUGGACCUUCAGGUGAAUCGGUUUGAUGAGGCUCAAAAAAAAGCAGUUCUGAAAAAGGCCCAACUGUUGGAUACCAGAUUUUCUUCAGGUGAAUCGAAAUUUUUGUGAAUAUACUUUUUUUUCAAAUAGGUAGAUAGUGAUUAUGUACAAAUUUAAAAUUUUUCCAAUCAAGUAUGAUGAUCAUUUUAUAGUAAAAAUAUACAAAUUUUUGAUUAGGUAUUUGAAAAUAAUAAGGUUGCUUUAGUGACUUCAU